AUGAUCCGCGAACAGUUUGUUGCCGCCACCGCCUUUCCCGCCCCCGACUCCCCUCCGGGCAUGACAACCUCGAAGAGUUCCAAGUCGUCUUCCUUCCAGUCCCUCAACAGCGACGACGGCAGCGUAUUGGCCGACGUCAGUCACUUUGAGGACAUUGGUCUCGACGAUGACCAUGCCACCCUCAAGAGCCCUUCCUACGUCCCCUUCCAGCCCGCCCUCUCCCCUUCCUCGACGGCUCCCUACACCAGGAACCUCGCCGCCGCCAAACGUGCCCCUAAACCGCGCCGCUCGUUCCCCAACCUGCACAAUCAUCUCCACGCUUCGAAUCCCAGGAGUACCAAUCUUGCCGUCAUCACCGACCCAGGACAGUUGGCCCUGCCACGCGGUUCCUCAACCUCGUCCCUCACCGUCUCGUCGAGGCGCAACAGAAGCAUCAGCCCCGUGCUGUCCUUGAAUACCAGAGACCCCAGCUACCCUGCUCGACCUCGCCGCGGCAGUUGGCAGUCCAGUCGCGACCGCAGAACCCUUGCGGAGCUCGAGCACGAGUGCGACGAAGACGACGGCGACGACAUCCCCGACGAUAUUGUCCUCGACAACGUCCCCAUCUCGCCCCGUCCUGCCCACGAGCGCCCUCCCAGUCGCUCCCCGACUCUCUCCCCGUCCCCAGAUCGUCUUCAAAAAGAGCGUGUGCGGAGCGUCGGAAAUGGCACCCCGGCCGUCGCACAGGACCAGGGGUGCUUGCGUUCUCCCUCUUGGAGAUCGGACGCAUCCGACAGGUCUUCCAUGAGUGCCUUCAAGACAAGAACCCACAGCUGGAACGCGGCCCUUGCCGACCUCAGCGCAGAAGCCAAGGCUUUGACCGAGAAACUGGAGGAGCAUGCUGAUGACCUGGACGAGCACCAGACAACCACUCCGCACAUGUACGACAAAAGGGAGAGAGUCAAGUCUUCGACGCCCGAACUGCCUCCCCUCCGCCGCACCAACAUCAUGGUCGACCCUCUGCCCAUUUCCAAGGAAAAGGAGGCUGUGCUAAGUCGCACUCGACCUUCGUGGCUGCCCCCCAAGGACCCUAGCGAAGAGAGGCGUCAUUUGCGAGAGUACCAGAAAAUGAUGGCGGCCAGCGCCAAGGCUGACGAGCGGCGCGAGGCUGCCCGCAGAGUCAAGACCGAGUCGAGGGAUAACAAUGCCGGCAGCCUGAUGCACAUUUGGGAAAACGAUAUUGUCCCUCGGUGGAACGACGCCAUUCGCGAGAGGAGAACCAGGGAGAUGUGGUGGAGAGGCGUUGCUCCGCGCAGCCGGGGUAUUAUAUGGACGCGGGCCAUUGGAAACGAACUAGGCAUCUCCGACGUGACCUUCGACACGGCAUUGUCGCGAGCCCGCGAUCUCGAGGCCCGGGUCAAGGUGGACCAGGGCAGCGCGGAGGAUGUCAAGAUGGCCAAGUGGCUGGAGCAGAUUCGCAAGGACGCCGGCGAGAGAACCUGGAGUGAGUUGCGCAUCUUCAACGUGGGCGGGCCUCUGCACCAGGCGCUGGUGGACGUGCUGAGCGCGUAUGCCAUGUACCGAAACGACAUUGGCUACGUGUCGGGCUGCAACACCAUUGCCGCGCUGCUCCUCCUUAACCUGCCAAACUCGGAAACAUCAUUCAUUGCCCUCGCCAACAUUCUCAACCGGCCGUUACCCUUAUCCUUUUACACGUCCGACCAAGGUGCUCAGGCAUCCGCGUACAACCUGGUGCUGCAAACGAUUCGCCACAAGUCGAGCGCCCUCCACGAGCACCUCACAAAGACGCUGGAAGGCGUGGAGCCCGAACUGUACCUCGGCGAUGUCUUUACCGGCAUCUUCACGGGACAUCUAGCCAUCGACGAGGCGGCCAGGCUGUGGGACGUCUAUGUUUUCGAAGGCGAUGCGCUCCUCGUUCGCGCCGCUGUGGCCGUUCUCCUGUCUCACGAAAUGGCACUUCUCGGCAGCAAGACGGCAAACGAGGUAAAGUCGGCUAUGUCGAGACCCCAGUCCCGCACGUCAUCGACACGAGCCGUCGGCGAGUUCGGGGCAGAGGACCGAUUCAUGAGACUUGUCCGCGGGGCAGCCUGA